CGGUCUCCAUGCUGUAUACGCAAUAUCCCAUUUCCGUCCUCUUCCCAUUUCGUCAUCAAGCGUUGAGCUUUUGCCAGUGUUGUUAGUGAGCUCCAAUGACUUUUAUAAAAAAUACAAGUUAAAAUGAAUCAUAAUAAUAAUAUGUUACAAUUGUGUAGACUGUGUUUAGUUAAGGACGAAGUUAAUAUACCAAUUUUUGAGGAACAAGGUGAUAUUAGGCAAAUAUUCCUGAAAAUUAGUUCGUGUCUACCGGUGAAGGUUUCCCGAGAUGACCAACUGCCUAAAAAAAUAUGUGAUGGAUGUUCCUAUAAGUUAGAUAUGUUGUAUGAAUUUUGGAAUACUAGUGCGAAUGCAGAGAAACAAUUGUUAACAUGGUUGGGAGAGGCGGGCAUGACAUCUCAGAUGACAGAUGGAACCAUUUCAGCUGUAGCACAACAAAUCAAGCCAGCAGAUGCAUUUGUAAAACAAGAGACAAUAGACCCGCCAGAUAUCCUUAAGGAUGACGAUGAUGAGGAUGAAGAGGAUAAAGACUAUAUGAAACAGGAAGAGAGCUCGAAUAAUGUUGAAGAGCCUCCUCCAAAAAGGGCGAGGCGGACAGCUGCAGUUAAAGCUGCCAUCGCCUUGGACCAGAAUAGUGAUGACGACGAUGAUUCAGGAGAGCCAAUGACUAAGGUUGAAGAUGACACCGACGAUAGUGAUAAUGACGAUGGACCUCCGUUCGUUGAUGUACCAUCAACUAGUGCAGAUGAUCAACCUGGACCCUCGGGCGUUGGCAAAGAUGGAGUAGAAGCACCGUCGGAUAUUCGAAGUACUUUUAAGUUACGAAAAUUGUCAGUUGUACUUACAAAACUUAGGGAUCAACCACCAAAACUUAGAGAUGAACCACCAAAACUUAGAGAUGAACCACCAAAACUUAGGGAUGAAUCACCAAAACUUAGGGAUGAACCACCAACCAAGAAGAACAUAAAUGAAAUUUUGACCGAACGCAAAAAAGACUACACAUGCUACGUUUGCAUGCAGAAAUUUUCACAAAUAGAUGACUUGCUUGAGCACAGACAGCUACAUUCCGAUGAACCACCAAAACUUAGGGAUGGUCCGCCAGAUGAACCACCAACCAAAAAGAAUGAAACUGAAAUUUUGACCGAACGCAAAAAAGACUAUACGUGCUACGUUUGCAUGCAGAAAUUUCCUCAAAUAGACGAUUUGUUAGAGCACAAACAGCUGCAUUCCGAUGAUGAGGAUGAAAUCGAAGAUGAUCGUUUUGAAGAAAAUUCCGCUGAAAAGGAAGCCAAAGAGGAUGAAAAUUCUUCUAGUGGCACGGAAAACAAAGUUAAAAACAUGGAUGUUUUGAUGAAGGAGGGCCAAACUGAAGACGAAGUAAUUAAGAAAAGGAGAAGAAGAACUAAAUUAGAAAUGCUGGGAUUUAAGAAAAGGAAAGCCUCUAGAAUAAUGAGUUUAUUUAAGAAACAACUAGAGAAACCCAAAGACACCAAAAAUGUUCCAAUUUUACCCAAACCAGAGGGUAAAAUUUUACCCGAAGAACCCAAACCUUCUACACAAGAAGAAAAUAAAGAACAAGUUAAAACACCCUUUAAAUGUGAUACCUGUAACGUGUAUUUUGCUACGUCUGAUGAUGUAAAACUGCACAUUUCUAGUACUACUACCAAAUGUAAAUUUUCGUGCCACUUAUGCAACAGAAAGAUGAAUACCAUCUACGCAUUCAUUGUUCAUGUGAUGCAACAUAAAAAUAAUACAAUUAAGAGUUUAACUAGUUCAAAAUCUCUGUACGCUUGUUCGUCAUGUGAUAAAACUUUUGCUGACUGUUUCCAGCUAAAGAGGCAUGAGAUCAACUCUCAUAACUUGAGAACUCCUGCUGAGCCCGUGGUUAGCGAGCCCAUAGAGAUAAUAACCACUAAUGUAGUAAUUGGAGAGCCAGAAUCUGAAAACCUAACCUGUGAUUUAUGUUACGAUGUAUUCACCACGAAAGAGGAUCUGGAUAACCAUACUGAAUUCCAUAAAGAAAUUAGUAUACCAGAUUCUCACAAUUAUCUAUACACUCCAGGAGAGACGAAUAUCGAAAUUAUCGAAGAUAACAAAGACAAACAUGAAAGGUCGACAACCAUUCAACAAGCAAAACCUAAACCUAUAGUAAUAGUAGCUAGUAAUAAACCUAGAGUAUCUCAACCUCCACCUCAACCUGUAGUAUCCCAAUCUAUGCCUAGAUCAUCUCAACCUCCACCUCAACCUGUAGUGUCCCAAUCUAUGCCUAGAUCAUCUCAACCUCCACCUCAACCUGUAGUAUCCCAAUCUAUGCCUAGAUCAUCUCAACCUCCACCUCAACCUGUAGUAUCCCAAUCUAUGCCUAGAUCAUCUCAACCUCCACCUCAACCUGUAGUAUCCCAAUCUAUGCAUAGAUCAUCUCAACCUCCACCUCAACCUGUAGUAUCCCAAUCUAUGCCUAUAUUAUCUGAAUUACCUCAACCUGUAUCAUCCCUGUCCCAACCAAAACCUGCAUUACCAUUACUACGUAAAAUUCUUCCUGCUCCAGCAUCUCAAAGUUCUGUUCCAAAGAGCUUAAGUUUGACAGCUUCUAUAAAAGAGAUGAUUGCUCCACAUGAACCCAAAGCCAAACCAUCAAAAACGAUAUUUUUACCCAAUAUAGAAGAGGAAAAAAUGAAACAAAUUCUGAAUAAAAAACUCAAACCGAUAAAACCACCAAUGAAACCUAUAAAAAUUAGACUUAUUUCCAAAAAUAGUGGAGCAGGCUCGUCCGGUGUUACUACCUCAAAGCAAAAGAUUUUCAAAAAAGCCAAUGCAGCGAGACAGAAAAUCCUCAAUCCUACCAUUUCAAUACCCAAAGAUGUAUCUGAUAAUCAUACAACUUCUAGUAUUAAUGUUGAUAAUUCAAUUGCAUCUUGUAGCGUUUCAACAUCUUCUCAAAAUCCUGUAAUAUCCACAGCUCCCACAAACAUAGUAUCCAUGUCUGUAGCUCCCACAAAUGUAAUGAGCAUUUCUACAGCUCUUACAGACAUUAUACCGGUUCCUUACGACUCUUUACCAAAUACUUCCUUUACUCAUCCCGCAAUAUCCACAGCUCCCACAAAUGUAAUGAGCAUUUCUACACCUCCUGUAAACCUGAUAUCCGUCCCAUACAAUGCUUUACCAAAUACGUCAUUUUCUAAUAGUCCAACAUUAGAAAAUGACGUGUAUACAUCUUUGGAAAAUAGUAAUAGUGCAUUAAGUGUCACCCAAGAACCUACAGCUCCUUCAAAUACUUUGUCGACAUCUACAGCUUCUACAACGCCCACACCAACUAAACCAAAACCAUUUGGACUUGUUAGUAUAGAUAAACUGAGAGACCCCAAGUCCAGUUUUUCAUUAUUUUCCCCAAAAGUCGAUUCCAGCCUUAGUAAACUGACAGAUCUUUUAGCAAUUCCUGAGGAAUCUAGUUCCAAUUUACCAGUAUCGUCUAAACUGAUUGGUAAAGACAUACCUGGUAGAGGUAGGCCUAUUCAGAAGUAUAGUAUAGAGGGAAUACCGUCCACCUCUACUGGUGACGAUUAUAUUAUUAAAAUGGUUCCAAGAAAAAAAAGAAAAUUUCGCAUAACUCCUCUUAAGCCCAAGAUGCAGGUUCAUACACCUACUACAGUUUCUAGUCCGAUAACUCCUAUGGAUAUUCAGUCGACCUCCUUGAGUCCAGUUGUCCCAUCAAAGCCCCCUGUCGUAGGUGGUUCAGGAAUGCAGUAUAUUAUUUUGCAGAAUAACUCCCAAGACAUUCCUCAAUCACCUUUGCCUCUUUUAAUGCCGAGACCGAAGUCUCCAAGCUUACCCAAGAUAGAAAUGGUGAUGAGCUUAUCUGAAGCAACUAAGACUUUACCCCCAAAAGAAGAUCCAAUAGUUAUUAUAGACAGUGAUUCAGAAAACGAAUAUCCCGAAAAAGAGGAUUCAAACAAACCAUCAGAAACUGAUAACAGCAAACCAAAAUCUGACUCAGAUGAGGAUAGCAACUUGGUAAUUGACGAGUCUUUAUCGAAAACCAAUACUUCUAUGAAUGAUGCUGAUAAUGUAGAUGAUCAAUUUGACGAAUGUGAGUCCUUGGGUGAGAAAAAGCAAGACGAUGAUAUAAUGGAGGUUACAGAAAUCUCUGGUACUGAGAAGAGUACAUUUUAUUGCAAAUUCUGUGAUGAGACCACCGACAGACUGCUGCAUUUAAAAACGCAUUAUUUAAAAGAGCACAAAACGUUCUUCUGUUGGCGCUGUAGAUACACUACUGAAUCUUGUAAUGAUUUUAUAAGUCAUCGAAGGACAUCACAUAAUACUACUAACUGAGGUUGACUUAAAUGUUAGAAUUGUGUUUUAAAAUGAAGUCUAAAGAAGGAUUCCAACGGACCGUGUUGAUGCGCGCUUUGUGAAAUAGAAAAAGACAAAAACUAAAGACGGGAAUCAACGCAACGAAAUUUCUCUUAAAAUUUGUGAUUUAUGAUCCUCAAGGUAAUACCGAAAUCUCUAUAUUAGAUCCCUGUGGAGCGGCGCGUUAUUUCCCGUCAGUUGUCGGUAAACUGACACGGUUCAAAGGAAUUUAACAAGCAGGUACUAAUGCGUCCACUCUUCCGACGGAGCUAGGGGCUGAUACGAUCAGUGCCAUGCAAAUUUUGCUAUGUAGUAGUCUAACCACGUUGUGUUAAGAUUUUUAUCAUUGUAUGAAUUAACCAACUUAAUGAAAUUUCGACCUUAUAAUACCAAGGGUAUUAUAAGGAUAAUAACGCUUUCGGUCAACGUAUAUCCCUCGGGUCAAAGGCCCUCGGUAUAUACACCAUUGACCUCAAGCGUUAUUAUCCUUAUAAUACCCUUGGUACCUUAACACCUAUAAAUAAAGGGUUUGUUUUUGCCCAAGGCUUGUAAUCACAAAAUUCUGAGGGAAAUACUGGCUAUUUAAUAUUUGCUUUGAUUCCGGUCUUCAGUUUUUAUCUUUUCCUGUUAUAUUUUUCUAUUUCGCAUGGCACACCUCAACACGCUCAAUCGGAAUCCUUCUUUAGACUUAAUUUUAACACAACAAAUGUAUGUAAAUGCUUGUGUAGGGUUCAUACCAUUUCUAUUGUUCCUAUUUUGUGCAUUCGUAUACCGAGUGUCUAGUAUCAUAUGUAAACAUCAGGAUAUAUGUGACACCCCCUAUGAUAUAUUGACAAUAAAUAUGUUGGUUAUGUACUCUAGACCAGAAAGGAUCUGUUUGUAGGUGGAUGUGAGAGGUGGCAUUCAGAUUUUUGCGGAUAAAGUUAGGUGAUAACUUCGUUAAUAAUAAUUGAAUUAUGCUCCUUCUCAAAUAUGCCAGGAACAUUAAUAAAAAAAUAAUAAUUUAAAAAUUUCAAAAAAUUUCGUUUUUUUUUUCUACUUUCUUUGCUUAUAACUUUAAAACGAUUCAUUUUGGAACAAAGUCGUAUAGGAAUAAAACAAAGAUAAUUAAAUUUUCUAUCAGAUACGAUUGGUUAAAAAUGUCUUUAUUUAACACCCUUGCUGUAAAAUAGCAAUAAAUAUAAAAUAAGGUGGCAAAAUAAGCCUGUCCUUAUUCAAUGUUUUUUCAUCACUUAGGUUACACUUGGAACCUUCUUAAUUCGUUUAGAAAAUUUUUGUAAUGUGCUAAAACCGUCCACCAAAUUUCAUUAAAAUUGACUUACUAGAUUUUGCAUAAUAAUUUUGCAAUCUAAACUAUUUUUAAUAAAUUAAAAAUUUUUAAAAUCUUGCACAACAAAAACUAGAACAUACAAAGAUUUGUCAAUUUUUUACAUAUAAAGAAGCACUCCACCUAACUAAUGCCCUUUACAGAAUUGAAAUCGGAUUAUUUAAGCAGCCUCAGCAAUGUUUUAAAGUUAUAAACAGUUGUUUGGCUUAUAAACAAAUUAGUGCUGUGUCCAGGAGGGGGUGCUACGGGCUCCUUUAUUCAGAUGGACUUACCCAAGUUUUUUUUUUAUGUAUUUUGACCCGUAGAACACGAAUUUUUUGGGUAACAGUUGAUCCGGAUGUCGAUAAGAUUGUUAUAAACAAAGAACUUGAGGAAUUACAUAACAUCGAUUUUUCGCAAAAUAAAACAUUUUUUUUUUGUAUUUUUUGGAUAAUUCUAAGCAAAAAUGUUUUUACAAGUUUUUUCGUAGGAUGCAUAGUGUUCGAGAUAAACGCGGUGGAACAUUAAAAAAAUCUAAAAAUUACAAUUUUUGAACGAGAAUAACUUUUGAUUAAAAAAUAAAAUAGCAAUUCUGCUGACAGCAUUUGAAAGUUUAAGUCAAAUUAUACCGGUUUUAAUUAUUUGCAUUGCUAAAAAUUAAUUUUUUUAUUAUUAAUCAAAGCUAUUUCUUUAUAAGCCAAAAAAUUGUUUCUAAUUUUAAAACAUUGCUGAGGCCCCUUAAAUAAUCCGAUUUUAAUUCUGUAAAGUGUAUUAGAUAGGUAGAGCACCUAUUUAUAUGUAAAAAAAUUAGCCAACUUCUAAAUGGUCUACUUUUUGGUCAGAAAGAUAUUAAAAAAUUUGAACUUUUUUAAAAACAUUUACAUUGAAAAUUUAUUAUGCAAAAUCUAUUAAGUCGAUUUUAAUGAUAAGUUAUAAGAAUUUUCUAAGCGAAUUACUAAGGUUCUAAGUGACACCAAAGUGGUUAAGAAACAUUGAAUAACAACAGGCGUAUUUUGCCCCCUUAUUUUGUAUUUAUUGCUAUAUUGCAGAAAAGGUAAUACCUUAAGACAUUUUUGACCAGUCGUGUAUGAUACAAAAUUCAAUUAUCUUUAUUUUAUUUCUCUAAGACUUUGUUCCAAAACGAAUCGUUUUAAAGUUAUAAGCAAAGAAAGCAGAAAAAAAUCGAUGUUUUUCGAAAUUUUUAAAUAUUUAAAUUUUUUUAUUAAUGUUCCGGGCAUAUUUGAGAAGGAACAUAAGUCAAUUAUUAUUACUGAAGGUGUCACCUAACUUUAUCUGCAAAAAUCCGAUUGCCACCUCUCACAUCCAAAAAUACACGUCUUUUUACAGAUUAGUCCUGGUCUACUCGUACAUUAGAUGGACCAGCGAUUUAAAAUUUUAUAUUUUCGACGUUGCUGCCAAAGGUACAAUUUCUGAGAUAUACGGAAAAUAUGCGUAUUUUUAAAUGGGGCCACCAGUAUAUUUUACACUCUUCUCUUAGAGUUUUUUAUUUUCGAUGCGAGAUAUAAUCUGUUUUUUUAAUCUGUAAUGGCAACAUUUUUAUUUUGUAAUUACUAUUGCUGUAUAAACAGAAAACACCUAAAGAAAAAAACUAAAGGUGGUGUUCCAUAUGACCACCUUGUCUUUGGAAACACAAAUCCAUUCUGAAUGAAAAUCCAUCUAAGACUUUUCUAAUCGUUUCCGGAGAAAUUAGUGUUAUUUCUUCUAUAAUUAUAUCUUAGUUCUUAAAUUCUCUGUGGCCCAUUUACAUACAAUUUGCUUUUCAAAUAACACCAUAAAAAUAAUCUAGAGGUGUCAAGUCCGGGGAUCUUGCUGGCUGAUUCGAUAACUCCUCUUCUUCCUAUCCAACGAUUUGAAAAGGUAUUGACGAGAGAUUCACGAACGCCUUCACGAAGAUAAUGAGGAGGUGCUUCAUAUUUCUGAAACCAAAUCGAUCUAUUUACGAGAUGAGGAUUUACAGCAUCAGGAAAGAAUCUGGCUAAAUCUGAAAUUAACUCCAAUUCUAAAAAGACCCAGUAUUCUUCACCUGUUAUGGUUCUUUCUUAAAUAUAAUGUCCAAUAAUGGUAUUGUUAAUAAUUUCUGCCCACACAUUGACCUUUUCUCGAUACUGCGUGAGUGCCUCCACCAUCCAACGCGGAUUUUCAUAUGACCAGUACCUGCAGCUUUGUUUGUUGACCGUACAAUUUAAAUGGAAUGUAGCAUCCGCAUAAAAAGUGAUUUAGGUUAAAAUAUACCAUUAACGUUAAAUCUAUUUAACAGUGUGUCACAGAGCACCAUUCUGCAAUCUCGAUCGUCUUCAUUCAGUUCCUGUACCAAUUUUGCUGUUGGUUGCUCAAUGCUCAUCAGUUGGUUGACUGAUUUGAUUUUUGGUUGCAAUUAUUAUAGCAACCUUAUGAGGAUCUUCAGCCAUCGACAAAAAAAUGUCACGUUUUGGUUCCUCUGAAAUACCAGCAGGGCGACCACUUUUUGGGAGUUCUCGUACAUGUCCACUUUUCUCAAAUUUAUAAAAAUUUUUAGAUACAGUCCUGCGUGCCGUAGGCGUUCUGUCUUCAUCAUCAUGAUCCAGCCGGUAUCGUCCACUUCUGAACAUAGGCCUCCUUUCAGUUUCUCUAUGACUCCCUAUCUUGAAAUACCAUCAUCUAGUUCCCGGCAGUUCUCUUCACAUGGUCAGUCCCGCGCGUUGGUGGUCGACGUCUGCUUCGUUUAUCCGCCCGCGGUUGUCAUUCCAAUAAUCUUCUAGUCCACCUGUUGUUUGGUAUUCUUGCCACAUGACCUGACCAUCUCCAUUUCUUUUUGCUACAUGUUUGACUAUGAUUUUGAUUUUUGUUCUUUCCUGAUGGUAUUAUUUGUGUUCAUACUUAUUAUUAAAUAUUUCACCUACCUCUUCGUGUGUUCGUGUCAUACUACCAACAAUAUCGCAAGUAAAACAUACUCAAAUUUUAUGCGCAAAAUAGGAACGGUUGAAAUACAACGUUAUAAACCAUGGAAGAUACUUUCAGGGUGAUUGUUGACUUGUCGGUUUUCCAAAAUGAUGGAGACUUCGAACCAAUCUUGUGAUAUAUUUUUCUAUUAUGCCCACAUACAGUGUAAGCCAAAUAUAUGCUUGAAAUAUUUUACGAGUGUCUUGUGAGACAGCAUAAUUACGACAUUUAUUUUAUAGGGAUUGUGUAAUAUGUACGAUCCUCCUAUAGUAUUUGCGUAGUUGCCAAAUCUUUCAUUAUCUGAUAAUGUAAGAAAUUUUGGUUUUCGAAGGAGAUAAAUUAGGUGAAUGAGCUGCUGUAUGACAAAAGCAAUUCGAAGUCCAUAUAGGACCGUUUUUCAAUGGGUUCCUGCUUCAGUUUGUGCAAUAAUGCACGAUAAUAUUGGCUAUUGAUAGUUUGACCUUUUUCAAGACAGUCAAUUAAAAUUAUGCCUUUGCAACCAUCAUAAUACAGUUUCCACAAACUUUCCGAUCAAUUGAGUCACACUUGACCGCUUCGGAGUACUUUGGUCGGCUUCGGUCCACUGCCGAGCCUUCAUUCUAUUCUCUUUUGUACAGUAUUGAAUUCAGGUUUCAUCAGCGGUUACCAAUCAACCCAAAUACUGUUGAGAAGUUUUUGUUUACUGGUUAGCACCCAUCUUCAGGAUAAUUUUUUCGUGUUAAAAUCUUGAAACUUGUUAAAAAUGAACUAGUGUGUUCUUUAGUCAUUUUUGUGGCCUCUUCUAAUUUACGCACCCACACUUUACGAUCAGCUGAAGCUAUUUCAUCGAGUUUCUUCAGAUUUUCUGGCGUAACUACAUCGGAGAUCCUUCCAGUACGAUGCAGGUCAAUCAAGUAAAAAUAAAAAAAUUUCAUACAUUCUCGGAAAUAUGGAAGAUCUGACAACAACGCAAUUUUAUGGAAAUCAGCUAUAUUACACAACCUAUACAAAAUAAAUUUAUGCUAUAGUCGUUUCUGAAAUAACUCUAGCGUUCCUUGUUUGCAGUAUAUUAUUUAUAUAUGUAUUAUAAUAUUGUACUAUGAUAUUUAUAUUUACUUACAUAACUCUCUAAACACUUUUCCGUCUUCCACUCAAACAUAACGCUUUAAAUGUAUGAAGUGCCUGUUUAGAAACAUAAUGAAAGAAAAUCAUCCUGAGGACGUUCCAAUUUUGUUAUGUUUAUGUAAUAAUUUAUAAUUAUAAAGUAGAACUAUUGAUAAUUAUAUUGAAUUAUUACAAUUUUCAUCACAUUGGCUUGUUUACUGUGUCUACAUGUAUACCUAAUCUUCCUUUUUAUAUCUAGUCGUUUACACAUGUUUUUAAGUUUAUACAGGGUGUCCCCGAAAAUAGUGCGGUCCUUAAAGGUAAAAAAACUUCCAACCUUUGCGAAAGUGCUGAGGUCCUGAUGAAAACACACUUCCCCGGUUCUAGCAUUUCAAAAGCACCAAACUGGACGGAAGAAAUAAUCAUACCCACACCAAAUGACUGGCAUCUUGCCAGAACAUUAAUUAGUGAGGAAAAGAUAAGAUGGGCCAUAUCGUGCUUCGCCCCUUUUAAGUCACCAGGGCCUGAUGGCAUAUAUCCAGCCCUACUACGGUGGGGACUGGAUAUUCUUUUGCCGCACCUUGUGGGAAUGUUCAGAGCCUCCUUGGCUCUGAGAUAUAUUCCUAGAGAGUGGAGAGAGGUACGUGUGGUCUUCAUACCAAAACCAGGUAGGAUGGAUUACACCCUACCGAAGGCUUUCCGACCAAUUAGCCUGACAUCUUUUCUCUUGAAAACGAUGGAAAGGCUAUGCGAGAGGUACAUAAGAGAUGAAGUUCUGGUUCAUAAUCCACUUCAUCCAAAUCAACAUGCAUAUACUUCGGGAAGAUCUACCGAUUCUGCUGGGAAGAAUUGAAAGAUCGCUGGAUAAUAAAGAAUCCACCCUAGGUAUAUUCAUAGACAUUGAGGGAGCGUUUGAUAAAACAACUUUCCCAACCAUCACCCAACAGCUCAAUGUCAGGGAUGUCCCCCUGGCCGUGAGCGAAUGGAUAUUCAGUAUGCUGUCAAAUAGAGCAAUAAGCAUAAAUGUAGAAGACGUUUUGGUUAGAGGGAUGGUUACGAGGGGAUAUCCACAAGGGGGGGGUGCUAUCACCACUCCUCUGGAACAUAGUGUUGGAUACCCUGGUUUACCAACUCAGCAAGAACGGUUUCUACACAAUAGCCUAUGCAGACGAUAUAACCGUCUUGCAAAGCGGUAAGUUUGAGAACACACUAUGCGAGAGAUUACAAGUUGCUCUCAGACUAAUAGAAACAUGGUGUAAGGAACACUCACUGUCUAUAAAUCCAAAAAAGACAGAGAUGGUCCUCUUCACCAGAAAAAGAAGGAUCACGGGCUUAAUACCCCCUAGGAUUCUAAACUGCAGUCUGAAUUUCUCUGAAGAGGUGAAAUACCUUGGUAUUACCCUUGACAGGAAGUUAACAUGGAACUCUCACUUAGAUAGUAGAGCUAAAAGAGCAUAUAUUGCCUAUGAACAGUGUCGGCGAACGGUCGGACGCACUUGGGGCCUUUCGCCCAGGGUGGUUGCCUGGAUCUACACUACUGUCAUUAGGCCAAUGCUAACUUACGGAGCCAUUGCUUGGGUACCAAAAGUGCUACAGGCAACAGCGAUCAACAAACUAAACCAUAUUCAACGGAUGGCUUGCCUAAAUAUAACAGGUGUCAUGAAAACAACACCAACUGCUGCAAUGGAGUUGCUCGUUGGCAUUACCCCUUUAGACAUAUAUGUCAGAGACGUGGCGCUGAUGACGAUGAUGAGGUUACGCUCAGCGGGUGCAAACCUUGAUGUAGGAAUGGGACAAUUGAGAUGUCGUUUCUGGCGGGGUGAGCUGGAGGCACUGCCCCAGCUGCAUGCGGGCCAUGGAUGCGACUCAAUUAAACCUACGUUUGUCUUCGACAAACCCUACAAAAUCGAAACAAGACAACAUAGGGAGUCAAACGUGGCAAAUGCAUAUUGAAUCUACACCGAUGGCUCCAAAACGAAAGAAGGCUCAGGAUGUGGAAUAUACUCCAGAUCAUUGAACCUUAGUAUAAAAUUGGGCAUGGGCAAAAAUGCCAGCGUAGUUCAGACUGAACUGGCUGGUAUCUCCAUAGCCGCAAAAGAGAUAAUCGGGAAAGGUAUAGCCGGCAAAACUGUAAUAAUCUGCACAGACAGCAGACAAGCGCUACUAACCCUGAACAGACCACGCGUCAUAUCAGGGCUAGUAAUGGAGUGUCAUGAAUCACUAGCCCAAGCUUCGGAUGGUAACAACAUCAUCCUGAGGUGGGUUAAAGGACACAACAGAAGUAAAGGCAACCGCAUUGCUGACCAGCUGGCUAGAAGGGCAGCAGGCCUAAGACUCUUAGGACCUUGUGAUCUUUUUGGCUUGUCGACUACAAGAAUCGCGGAAACUGUCAAAUGUCACUCCCACACGCAAACCGUAAGAGGAUGGGAAGAAGGGCCAGGAUGUAGACUUGCCAAGGUAACACUAAGGAACCUUGGGAAGUCAGCAUCAGAAAAGUACUUGAGAAUGACCAGGAAAAACCUACGCUUGACCGUUGGUUUUUUAACUGGCCAUUGUCAACUAAGAAAACACCUCCACACACUGGGGCUAGUAGACACAUCUCUAUGCAGGAGGUGUGAACGAGAUGACGAAACUGUCGAGCAUGUCCUAUGUGAAUGUCCGGAGUUAUCGUCAAUACGAGAGUAUGCGUUCGGCGAGCCUUGGCCUACACCUGCCGAUAUAGGGGAGAUGUCACUAGGUGAUUUGUCCACCUUCCUGGAAAUGGCAGGAUGGAUAAUGAACUAAGGACGACAACCCCCUGGGAGGAUGUACAAUGGUUCAAUUGUGGCCUAAGUGCUGUGGGACUUGACUCACACUCCCUACUCUACAGAUACAGAAAGGUAUGGAUAUAAUACACAAUGUAGUACAAAAAAGGUCUAUAACAUUUUUUUAUAAAGUUAACCAUUUCAAAAAAAUUACAUUGUUCUCCAUAUAAGCGAACUUUUAUUUUCAUAAAAUUAAAUAAUCUGGCAUCACUGUACAAGAACUCUUUGUGACUUAGGUUAUUGACACCAGAAAUGUAGGUCAGACAGGUAGACACUUGCAAAAUAAUUAUACCACCCCAUGUUUGAAAAUCAAACAAAACAAGAAUUUGUUUGUUUGUUGAGGAGGAAGACAGGGUUUAAUGUAAAUACUAAAGGCCCAUGCUGCAACUAUUUUUGUGAUUGUAUAUCUUUAGAUUUUUGUAUACAUAGUUGUCAGAUUUCAAUUUGCAUACCAAAAUGUAUUUUGGUUUUUGGCCAAACGGUUGAAUUUAGAAAAAAAUUUUAUGAAGACUUUUUUGCUUUACAUGGUGCCUUCUACCUAUACCUUUAAGGAACGCACUAUUUUCGGGGACACCCUGUAUAACACCGUUUCUAGACUUUGAUUGAAACGAGAUUUUUUAUGUGAAAUUUCUUCUUAAUAUUUUCUGAAGUGUGUGAAUAAAUGCCUUGUUACUGUGUAAAGCUAUCUCCAGAUUAGCUUCUGUAUAACCAAAUGACUGGGGCGUCUCGAGCAAAUAUCAAAAUGUUUAUUAUUUUCUCCGUGGCGUUACAACCCUUCGUGGGAUUUAGUCGACUUAGCAACAUGCCUUCAUUCCUAUCUCCAUCUCUCUCCAUCCAUGAGCAAUCUCCAUCUAAUUCUCCACGCGUAUGGAUUUAAGCUAUACGGCGAAACACGAAUAACAUUGGCAACAAAAAUAUGUACAGAAUAAGAAACAAAGGCAACAUUGCUACGGAUAGAGCCGAAAUCCUUAAGGUUGUCGAAUCGUUUUAUCGCAAAAUGUAUGAGAGUACCAACGCAAGGCAAGAUCAGUCCCUGCCCAAAAAAACACAAACCAGGGAUCAGAAUUAAUGUCAGAAGUAACACCAUACGAUACGAAGUUAAAAAGACACUUUCAGAAAUGAAAAAUAAUAAAUCCCCUGGCGAUGACGGAGUAGUGAUCGAGGCAAUCAAACAAGGUGGAAAUAAAAUUAUCCAGGUUUUGGCCAAACUUUUCACCGAAUGCAUUUACCAAGGAAAAACCCCUUCUCAAUGGAACAAUGCAGUCAUUGUUUUAUUGCACAAGAAAGGUGACAUAACAGAUCUAAAAAACUACCGUCCUAUUAGUCUGCUAUCACACAUAUAUAAACUUUUCACAAAAAUUAUCAAAAAAGACUGGAGGCUAAGUUAGACUUCUAUCAGCCUAAAGAACAAGCUGGGUAUAGAUCCGGAUAUAGCACUAACGACUACUUACUGGUAAUAAAAAACUUGAUAGAGAAGUCGGCGGAAUACAACAAACCAUUGGCACUGAUAUUGGUGGAUUACGAGAAAGCGUUCGAUACCAUAAACCAACAGAAAAUGUUAAAAGCAUUGACAGAAUGCCGAAUAGACCAUGGCUACACUAAUAUGGUAAAAUAUAUCUACCACAAUGCAACGGCUAGCGUAAGACGCUCUGAUCAACAAACUAAUAAAUUCUGUAUGCAGCGAGGAGUACGACAAGGAGACACCAUCUCACCAAAGCUGUUCACAACCCUUUUAGAACACACUUUUAAGAAGGCAGAUGUGAACGAAUAUGGUAUCAAUAUAAAUGGAGAGAAGCUCAGUCAUUUGAGAUUCGCAGAUGAAAUCGUCCUUAUAGCCGAUCGUAUGGAUGAUACAAUAAUAAUGUUGAACAAGUUAUAUCACGCUUCCUUAGAGGUCGGACUAAAGAUUAAUAUCAACAAGACGCAAAUAAUGACUAAUCUUGUGCUAAAUCGUAAUAUUGUUGUUGAUGGAAUGGAUAUUGAGCAGACUGCAUCUUAUAAGUACUUGGGACAUGAAGUUCGGUUGGGAAGAUACAUCAGACGUGCGAGCUCCCACGUCGCAUAGGACUAGCCUAGACAGCGUUUGGUAAACUGAGCUAUGUAUUGGAAAUAUGCCUGAAAAGGAAAAUCUUUGACCAGUGUGUAUUGCCUGUACUCACUUAUGGAGCGGAAACAUUAACACUCACAAAAAAGGUGGUGAACAAGAUUCGCAUAACUCAGAGGGCUAUGGAGCGCCAGAUGUUGGGUGUCUCCCUGAGGGACCGAAUCCUAAACGAAGAAAUAUGUCGUAGAACGAAAACAACGGACGCCGUCGAAAGAAUCGCGUUGCUCAAUUGGAAUUGGGCAGGACACAUCGCCAGAUUGUCAGAUAACGGAUGGUCAAAACGUAUUGUCGAGUGGAGGCCACGAGAAGAAGCACUACGGAGCAGAGGACGACCACCAACCAGAUGAGCUGACGAUUUGAAGCGUAUUGUAGGCAACUGGAUGCAAGCCGCACAAAACAGAGGAAGAUGGAAAUAGCUGAGGGAGACCUAUGUCCAGCAGUGGACGAGUACGGGUUGAUAAUGAUGAUAGCUUUAAGAUCUCCUGCUUUAUUAUCUCGCCAUCAAAUCCAAGGCGGCUACGUGGUCUUCCUCCAGUUGGGACCUCUUGCCAUGCCAGCCUUACGAUUCUUUUUUCAGAAUAUCUUCUGAGGUGUCCUGCCCAUUGGAGUCUUCUGGACUUUAUUUCUUUCAUUAUGUUAGCGUCUGGAUAUAGUCAUUCGAGUUAUUUGUUAGUUCUUAUCCUAUAUUGACUGCUGACUUAACAAAACUAAUAAAUCAAAAAUGAAUAACCAUUUUCAAUUUCGCAUUCAAUUAGCAGUUGCCGCUAGGGCAUCUCUGCCAUUUCGUUCGUUGCAAUCCGUGACUGCACGCCGGGGUUUGUUUUGGUUGGAUCAGAGAGAGCAGCAUAUGUGCCUCCUGAUGAGAGACUAAUAAGUUUCGAAACCGGUAGAGGUGCUUGCUGCACUCUCUGAUUGGACUGGAAUAAUGAUGAGGCUGUAGUUUCGUGUUGCAACGAAAUUGAAAAUGGUUAUUCAUUUUUGAUUUACAUGUUUACUCUGAUUGGAGUACGAAGAGAACCAUUCUCGUUGGAACUUUACCGCGCUGAGCAGGUUGGACGUGAAUUAUAAAUUGUAAAAUUCCCUCAUCUUCCUUAGUCUCAGCAUCCGUUAUGGCUUGCAAAUUGUAAAAGCCUCGGAGGUGUUACCAGAGAAGAACAUCUUUUGAUGUUGUUUUAUGUGCUAUUAGAUUAGUUUUUUUUUUAACUAAUAAAGACUGGAUGAGAUUGAUCCCUCAGAACAAAUUACAAAGAGAUACUACAAUCUGUUACUAACAUGUUUUUUGAGGUCUCCAUCAGACGCGAACGUUGAUAUUUUUUAUUAAGUUUGUUAUGUAUUAUUAUUAAUAAUAUAUGAGUCAAUCAAUAUAUUUUGAGCAGCAAGAAGAGAAGUAUAUUUACAGACAAAAGUAUUGUUUUAUUUUUUAGAAUAUUUUUCCCUUUAUAAUCAUUAUCCUCUAAAUAUUUACAUCAAUAUGCUUUCAGCUUUUUCUUAUUCGUUAAUCUGUUUUAGGUUUCGUGAUAUGAUUACUUUAUGAGUUGGCCUUUCUUAUAUUUCUCGGUUUUUCUGUAUCUUCUGUUAAUAUGUCAAUUUCUACAUGAAACUCUGGCUCAAUUUUUGUUUAUAGAAAUAUAUACACUUUGUGAAAACUAGGAAUGACUUCAAAAAUUCUAAAAUCAACACGCCCUCUUGAUGCUCAGCAAAAUUAGCUGAAAUUAUCUUAGUAGGAGAAGUACACUCGAUCUGUAAAAUCAAAAUCACGUAGACCAGUCCCGUCGCGUUCCAUCUCUUUCUAUCCGAAUACUUUCUCUAUCUGUUAUCUGCGCCCAUAGGUAAAAUUUCGACGAGGAUUCCUAGUCUUCACUAAUAAUACUCAUUUUGUUCACUCCCCAAAUUGUGCGAUCUUUAGAAGAUUUGGUGUAUCAUAUCAAAUAUACUAUUGACUGUAAUACAUCCAACUCCCACAGAAAUCUUGAAGCACGUUGCCACUAGCGCCACUGUCGGCUUGAGGUGAAACUACGUUGUGACAACGUAAAAUUUGACGUAAACAUUCAAAUUUAAUUUUAUAAAUUUUUGAAUAACAAGCUAAUUUUGAUAAAUUAAAUUAAAAUAAAAAUAGUUCAAACACUUAUACAAAAACAAUAAUAAAGCAAUUGUUUAUAUGUAAGGUUAGAUUGCUCUGGUUAUCACCGUAGACCGCCUAGAUGGCGGUAUUUUUUGCUUCCUCAAAUGUAAUGGGAAAUGUCAUGAGUUGUGUGUAUUACAGUCCAUAAUAUUUGAUCAUAUCCACUGCAAUACUAUCUAGAUUCUAAUUCAUUUCAGUAAGUAUAUUAUUUUGACCUACUGUUUUAUGACUUAGCUUUUUUAGUUACUUCUUCACUUUGAAUUCAGGUUCUUUUCUAAAAGUUUUAUAUUCUUGUUUUGAUUGGUUCUCCAUACUCCAUUGGUUAUUCGUUUUAAUAUUCAAUACUUUUGACUCUAAGUAUUUUCUUUAAAUUCCAUUGCCCGACAGUGGCAAUAGUAUUAAUAUGUACUAGUUUUAUUUCUUUUUAUCUAUCAUGUAUAUAUUUCAAAUUUUAUUUUACAUCAAAAGAUAAAAAACAUUUAUCUUAUUUAAUUUUUUUUACAAAUUUUUGAUCAUCAUGUGAUGAAGAAGAUAAACAAAACGUACGUACCAAAUGAUAAAUAACUGAAGAAACGUGAGCUUUUGAAUAGUAAAUGCACUAAAUAAUGCUAAAAUGUGAAGGAAAAAGUUAUCAACAAAGAACUUUGCACAAGAGUAUUUUUGAUCACAUCAAAAUUGUUCAACGUUGUUUAAGUAGAGGUGGUUGACGAAUGUCUUUUAGUCCAAAAUAAUGAAACGGAUAUCUUAUUUUCCUGUAUUUUAUCUAUUGCUCUAACUGAAAGUUAAUAAAUUAUUCUUAGUUUAAUAAACAUGUUGAUCUUCUGAAUUUCGCUUUUUUUCUUGGUCUUCCUCUAUUUUUUCAUAUUUUGAUUUUUCUAUAGCUCCCUAUUUAACAAAACAAAUGUAUCGUUGACAAUCGAAGAUAGGGAGAAAAUACAUUAGAGAGUUAGUUGUGGGGGCGCAUCCUGAACAUCCUGUACAUCCUGAACUCUUAAUUUAACACCUCAAAUAGUCCAGCGGUUUACCCCCAUAAGCAGAUCAGAAACUGACUAUUUUUUUAUUUCUUCUGUAUAACAAUUUUUGGCCCACUUGAAAAAAUAAAAAAAAUACAUUUGAACUUUGAAAAGAACUUUGUUUUCUUUGCUGUUAAAAUUUUAAAGUUAAAUAAAGUAAUUUUAUUAUUUAUUAUGUUUUUUAUCGAUUUUUUAUAGAUUUUAAUAAAAUUGAAAAAGUUUACAUGUUGUAGAACGGACUCCCCUUGUCACGUAAAUGGACUCUUUCGGUUUAAUGUGACUGCAAAACACGAACUGCUAUUUCGUGUUUCGUGGCGCAACCUCUCUGACGCUCGCCUCAGUAUUGUACUAUUCGCUGGGAGAGUGCACAUUGCACAUGGAGUGGAUAUGACAUGUCGACAGUGCUUCUCAAGGUGGCAUAAUUUGUAAGCCGUCCUCCACGGGCGAUAAAUUCAGUUCUUUUUUCUUCACUAUAUUUUCUUACCUUAGUAAUGAUCCACCUCUUUUUUUUUCCAGCCAGAUCCUUUGGAAAUACAAAAAAUCUACAUAUCCCUCUUUCACUAUAGUGUUUACAAUCCGUGGCAAAGCACAUUACCAUUUUUAUUAUACAAAAUGCAAUGGUUCACAAAAGUUCCUAACCUUUGCUUGGUGAAUAUCACUAAAAAACUAUAUUUCGUAGAAUUUUAAGACCGAAUUAUGGUGGUAUUAUCUUAAAAACACUAUACUUACGCAGAAAACGCAGCUGAGGAAACAAAAUUUCAACUUUAUAGGAAUUAAAAAGGUUUGAGAUUGGACAAAUCCUGGCUUUUCAACCUUUGUUUACAAAUAACAAUAUGACAGUAGUGACGUCACACUUCGGUUGUCAACCUUAAGAUCUCAUCAAUUCCCAUCAGACAUUUUCUGCCAUAUAGAGCAUUUAUAGCAGAUUUCUAUUAAUGUAUUGAUACAUUAGCACAAAAUUAAUAGUAAAAUUCUAAAUAUUCUCGUAUUUUUUAAAUCACACAUAAAGCAUUAUACAUAAGAUCGCGUCCCGCGACGUCAGAGUGUACCACGUGAUCUAUAAUCUUAACCAAGAUUGUUAAAGGUCCCAGCGUGUAGAGAAAAUUAAUAAAACGCCAGUAUAGAAGCUUUCUUAAAAAAAAUAGUCGGUUUAUUCAUUUUCUAAGGGUCUUUUUAGGGGUGAAUCUCUCGUCGAAAAA